AUGUUUAAGACCAUCCAGGAGCCGGUGAUGUUCAAGGACGUGGCCGUGGUCUUCAGUGAGGAGGAGCUGGGGCUGCUGGGCCCCACCCAGAGGAAGCUGUACCGAGACGUGAUGCUGGAGAACUUCCGGAACCUGGUCUCUGUGGGGAAUCAGCCCUUCAAACCGGAGCUUAUAUCCCAGUUGGAGAGAGAAGAAAAGCUGUUGAUGAUGGAGACAGAAACCCAGAGAGAUGGGUGUUUAGGAACCAAGAGUCAACAUAAUAUGGAGAGUAGUCAAGCAGUGGGAUUAGGCUACAUUUCCCCCAAAGAGCCUUCUUCCCGGAAGACCUGGCAACAAAGUACAGGCGGGUUAACCAGGUGUCAAGAUGCCAUGAAAAAUUUUCAAAGGAAUAUUUCUCAGUUGCAAAACCCAGGUGCUUUCCCCUGCCAGGUUUGGGCAGGAGUGCCAGUUCAUGUUCCCGAAGAUGAGAACUACAUAUUGACUCAUAUAGAGGAUGUUUCCAAUUGCAUAAAAAGUCAAGAAUUUCCAUCUUGGAGAACCCAGCAUUCUUGGAGGAAAAUGUAUCUGACAGAGUCACAUAAUUAUCAGUGUAGGUGUCAGCAAAUUUUGAUGAAAAAUAAUUUCUGUAAGUGUGACAGCACCACUUGGAUCACACCACACAAUGAUAAUCUGGGAGUACACAGAUCAGAAAAAAUUUACAGCUGCCACGACUGUGGAGAAAACCUCAUGAAGGUUUCACUGCUUAAUCAAGACUUAAUCAAAACGGGGCAAAAGCCCUACUCCUGUAAUGAGUACAGAAAAGCCUUCAGUGACGACUCCAACUCUGAAGUUCAUCAGCAGUUACACUUAGAAGGGAAAACCCAUACCUACAGUCCAUGUGGAAAGGGCUGUAGUUAUAGUUCAGUUCUUCAUAUUCAUCAAAGUGUUCAUAGAAGAGAUGAUUGUGUUUUUGAGAGUUCACCUCUGCAAUCCCAUCAGAGAGUACAUACAGAAGAGAAGCCAUAUAAAUGUGGAUAUGGUGAGAACUUCAGUCAGCCCUCCUCUCUCAACACUUGUGGACUUAUUCACACGGGACAGACGUCCUAUAGAUGCAAUAUUUAUGAGAAAGCCUUCAAUCAUAGCUUAGACCUUAAUAGUAUUUUUAGGAUCCAUACUAAGGAGAAACCCCAUGAAUAUGAGGAGAAUGGGGAUGUCUUUAAUCAGAGUUCUUGUCUCCAAGUCUACCAGAAAAUCCACACUGGAGAGAAACUAUACACAGAUGUAGAAUAUGAGAAGGGUUUUCUUUGUAGCUCAAAUCUUAACAUUCAGCAUAGAGUUCACAUGGAAGAGAUUCCUUAUAGUUCUGAGGAAUGUGGUAAUAACUUCAGUCUGGACUCACAUUUGCAGGACCUUCAGAUAGUCCAUACUAGGGAACAACCAUAUAAACAUUAUGCAUGUGGUAACAGCUUCAGCCAAAAUUCAUAUCUUCAAGGUCAUCAGAAAAUUCACAUCGGAGAGAAAGCUUACAAGGACUGUGGGAAUGGCUUCAGUUGGAGUUCAAAACUUAAAGAUCAUCAGAGAGUCCACACUGGAGAGAAACCGUACAAAUGCAAUGCAUGUGGUAAAAGCUUCAGUCAUAGAUCAGUUCUUAAUGUUCACCAGAGAGUCCACACAGGAGAGAAACCUUAUAAAUGUGAGGAGUGUGAUAAAGGAUUCAGUCGGAGUUCAUACCUUCAAGCCCAUCAGAGAGUCCACACUGGAGAAAAACCAUACAAAUGUGAAGAGUGUGGGAAGGGCUUUAGUCGCAAUUCAUACCUUCAAGGCCACCAGAGAGUUCACACUGGAGAAAAACCAUACAAGUGCGAGGAGUGUGGGAAGGGCUUCAGUCGGAGUUCACACCUUCAAGGCCACCAGAGAGUUCACACUGGAGAAAAACCAUUCAAAUGUGAGGAGUGUGGGAAGGGAUUCAGUUGGAGCUUUAAUCUUCAAAUUCAUCAGAGGGUUCAUACAGGAGAGAAACCCUAUAAAUGUGGAGAAUGUGGUAAGGGCUUCAGUAAGGCCUCAACCCUCCUGGCCCACCAGAGAGUCCACACAGGAGAGAAGCCAUACCAAUGUGAUGAGUGUGGUAAGAGCUUCAGUCAGAGAUCUUAUCUUCAAAGCCAUCAGAGUGUCCACACUGGAGAGAGACCAUAUAUAUGUGAGGUAUGUGGGAAGGGCUUCAGUCAGAGAGCAUAUCUUCAAGGUCAUCAAAGAGUCCACACUAGAGUGAAACCAUAUAAAUGUGAGAUGUGUGGGAAGGGUUUUAGUCAGAGUUCACGUCUUGAAGCACAUCGGAGGGUCCACACAGGAGGGAAACCAUACAAAUGUGAGGUAUGCACAAAGGGCUUCAGUGAGAGUUCACGUCUUCAAGCGCACCAGAGGGUCCACACAGAAGGGAGGCCCUAUAAAUGUGAACAGUGCGGUAAAGGUUUCAGUGGGUUUUCCAGUCUUCAAGCUCAUCACAGAGUCCACACUGGGGAAAAACCAUACAAAUGUGAGGUGUGUGGAAAGGGCUUCAGUCAGAGAUCAAACCUUCAGGCUCAUCAGAGAGUCCACACAGGAGAGAAACCAUACAAAUGUGAUGCGUGUGGUAAGGGUUUCCGUUGGAGCUCAGGUCUACUUAUUCAUCAGAGAGUCCAUAGUGGUGACAAAUUCUAUAAAAGCGAAGAGUAUGGUAAGGAUUAUCCUUCAUCAGAGAAUCCAUACAGAAAUGAAGAUCUAUAA